GGGUCUAGUGUCGCGAUGUGCCUACAGAGAAGUGUUAGGUCUGCAGCGCCCUCGGUCUCCAGUUUGGAUGGAAUUUGGGAACCCCGAAGCCACCAUUUUAGAAUCGGGCUUGGAACGGGCUAAAAACACCCACGUCCCAGACCCAGCUAAUGCUCCGCCCUCCACUCCUGGGGUCCGGAAGCGGACGUGAUGGAUACGGAAGUAGACUGCUGUUGCCGAGGGGACGGGACGGGCAGAUGCCAACAUGGCAGCGGUUGGGGUUGGCGGAUCCACCGCGGCGACCGGGCCAGGGGCCGUGUCCGCUGGCGCGCUGGAGCCUGGGUCCGCCACAGCGGGUAAUGUGAAGCACCUGGCUCUCUUCCUCCACGAGGCUGUGCUGGUGCAGUAUGUGGACACACUGAAGCUCGCCGUGCCCUCUCUCAUCUAUACCUUGCAGAAUAACCUCCAGUAUGUUGCCAUCUCCAACCUGCCAGCCGCCACUUUCCAGGUGACCUAUCAGCUCAAGAUCCUGACUACAGCGUUGUUCUCCGUGCUCAUGUUGAACCGCAGCCUCUCACGCCUGCAGUGGGCCUCCCUGUUGCUGCUCUUCACCGGUGUGGCGAUUGUCCAGGCACAGCAGGCUGGUGGCGGUGGCCCACGGCCACUAGAUCAGAAUCCCGGGGCAGGACUAGCAGCUGUGGUGGCCUCCUGUCUCUCUUCAGGAUUCGCAGGGGUAUACUUUGAGAAGAUCCUCAAAGGCAGCUCAGGUUCCGUGUGGCUGCGGAACCUACAGCUAGGCCUCUUUGGCACAGCGCUGGGCCUGGUGGGGCUCUGGUGGGCUGAGGGCACUGCUGUGGCCCGUCGAGGCUUCUUCUUUGGGUACACACCUGCUGUGUGGGGUGUGGUACUAAACCAAGCCUUUGGCGGGCUAUUGGUGGCCGUUGUUGUCAAGUAUGCUGACAACAUCCUCAAGGGCUUUGCCACCUCCCUGUCGAUUGUGCUGUCCACUGUUGCCUCCAUUCGCCUCUUUGGCUUCCACCUGGACCCAUUAUUUGCCCUGGGCGCUGGGCUCGUCAUUGGUGCCGUCUACCUCUACAGCCUUCCCCGAGGUGCAGUCCAAGCCAUAACUUCUGCUUCUGCCUCUGCCUCCGGGCCCUGCAUUCACCAGCAGCCUCCUGGGCAGCCACCACCACCGCAGCUGUCUUCUCGAGGAGACCUCAUCACGGAGCCCUUCCUGCCAAAGUCAGUGCUGGUGAAGUGAGAGCUGGUGGUGGUUGGGAGAGCUGGGGCGGGGGGUGGGGGUUGGGUUUGAGGGGGUUGAGCUUCUGAUGGUCCAGAGUUGUUGCCAGGCCUGACUUGUGGGGUUGGAGGGCUUUUUUUUUUCUCCCACACUUCUAGAGGGAUAUGGAAGUAGGGCUGAAUGUCACAUGAACCCUUCCUGGUAGAUGGACUCCCCUCUCCUGAAGGAGCUGCUUCCUUUGCCCCAGGCUAUCCUCUUUGGGAACAGGGUUGGGGUACCGCUAUUCCCGGCUUUCCCUCGUGACCCUCUGCUGGAAAUGUCCUGUCUCUCAUGCCUGGGACAGUUCAUCCCAGCCAUCCUACAGACUGGACAAAAGCCCAGCAGUUCUUCAGUAACGACUAAUGACUACUCGUGGGGUUCCAUUUCCUAUUGUAUGAGGCCUUCUCUCGUGCACCAUUACCCUGGAUCAUGUCAACAGCUUGGGCUCUGCUGUGGCUUUGGGGCAGUUUCCCUGGUACAGAGACCCUUGAAGAUCGGCCUUUUGUAAGUGCCUGGAGUGAGGACAGAGGCACAAGCUGAGAAUUGGGCAGCAGUUCAUCUUGGGGAAGGUGCAAUAAGCACCGUUCACUUUUUAAUAGUUGGGGCAUUUGUGAUAAUCAGAUUAAUGAUCCAGAGUGUUGGGAAAAUGGGAAGGGGAGAUCUUUGAAGUGACUGAAUCUUGUGUAAUUGAAGAGACAGAAAUGAAGGAUUAUGUUCUGGGACAUCCAGAGAGGAAAAAUAAAGCUGCCAAUGCACUUUCACAGCCCCAUUGGCUGUUUAAACACCCUUACUUCAUGGCGGGUAUCAGAAUUGAUGAAUUGUGGAACCUGCACCCCUGCGCUCCCCAAAGCUUACUAACUCCUUAACUGUAUCCAAGAUGUGUGUGUGUGUGUGUGUGUGUGUGUGUAUGCGUGUGUAUGUGUGUGUGCGCGCACACAUAAAUACACGCAUGGAAGGUGCCUGGGCUGUCUUUGCUAUAUGUAAAUAGGACCAUUGGAUCUUUAUUUUUGAUUAAUUUGUUCUGAUUUGGGGGGGGUGUUGUUUUCUAAGGAACUGUAAUGAACAUGUCAGGAUACCCAAUGCCAAAUAAAGAUGUUGUAUUUAUUUA